UUCCGGGUUCUAUCUUCCGGCUCGUUUUCAAGGAUUUGGGGCUUUGGCUCGUUUUGCACCUUGCGUGGAGGUCGAAUGUCAAAAAGCUGGGUCUUCUUCUUCCUCCUGGGUUUAGGUUCUGCGGUGUCUCGUGGCUCGUCAGGCAGUGGUCCGGAGCAAUAUAAAGAGAUGCAGACUUCCCUUAAUAAAGUUCGCUUGUGGGUGUGUGCUUAUGUCUUCCUUCCUCUCUCGGCCUAUCGCAUUAUUUGGGUGUUUUGUUGUUAUGAUCUAUUUCUAUGAUCAGUCUUACUCUAAGCUUGUGUGUAUUAUGUUUUGUUGUAUUUGCCGAAGAAGUUUUUUCUGUCGGUUUUAGUCUCCAGAGUAAGGUCCUGUUUACUGCUGGCUUAAGUUUCUAGGAGUUGCAUAACUCGCUAGCUAUGUAUCUCAUCCCGUGUAACACCAUGUUUCGUUUCAAUGAAAUUUGUUAGUGUUAAAAAAAAAAAAACCAAUUCACCCUAAUAAAAAUGACAAAAAAAAAAUCAGUUCAUGAAUUUUAACCAAUUUAAUGAUUGAACAAGAGUAAACAUCUCUUCCAUUUUAAAAAUCAUAAAAGUAUCGAACAACUCGAACCAAAAUGCACCGUUCCGAUAUACACCACAUUCCAACGUCAUUACUCUUCUUUUUAUAUGUUUUUUAAUUAAUACGGUAUAUAAAAUAGAAAAAACAGACGUCAAAAAAAAAAAAUAGAAAAACAUUUAGACUAUUUUCUUUUCUUGGUCUCUGAAAAUAAGGGCAAAACAAGACGUGACGAAGCUCCAUAGUUGGUGGUGGUCGAGAUCCGGCGUCGACGGGUUUCCUCCUCCUCCUCCGCUAAUGAUGAUGAUGAAGAUUCCGAGCGGCGUUGUCGCUUCAGUCAUUGCCUUCUCCACCGCUGCUCUCUAUUCUUCUUCCUCCGCUAUUCCACCAAUCUCCCCAAAGGCUUGGGAAUCGAGGAAGAUGGAGAAAAUGGAGCCUAGGUUUGAUGGGUUGAGGUUCAUAGAGACGCUGGUCACAGCACACAGAUAGAUAUAUUCAUUAUCACUUUUGUCCCUUUGGUGCUGCAAAAGCUUUGACACACAAAGCGUGAGUGCUCUCACUACAGUCUUCUUCUCUUUUGUCCUUGUUGUCUUCUAUUAUACCAAAACAGUCUUUUAUUUUACGAUUUACAUUUGUGUACUGAGACUUGUAUCACUUUAGCCAAUCGACUGCCAUUCAGUUUUGUUUUUUUUUUCAUAUUUAUUUUUUGGUAUGAGCCAAACAUGUAUGGGCAUGACAUUGAGUUUGUCAAAACUUGUAUUAUGGGUAAAAAGAGCAAUUAUAAAGGAGGGCUUAGUUA